AUGCCAAAGGUUGAAAGUUCAGGCGCUUUGCGCAAUCCUCUGCUGUUUGGCUGGAAGAUAGAUGACCCGAACAAUGAUAACUUACUGGGAUGUGUUAAGCUAAUAGAAAGUUUAGGAAUCUCCUUUUUAGUUUUGGAUUUGAACACCCUAUCGACUAAACUGGAAUCUUAUGACUCAUUUCAACACUUGAAUCACAAAGAUAAUUCUAGUUUGUAUCAUUCAGAAGAAUUCGGUCUAUUGAGAGGCUUUAAUCCCUUAGGGAAAAGUGAUUUGGCACUGCCUAACGAACUGUGGUCACAGAGAAUUGUAUCGUUAAUUCGGACUAAUGAUUUUAAAGUACUGAAAACUCAAAUCGAGUGGUCACAAUAUGUCUCAACUAGAUGUAUAAUUAUUGAUGUGGAGUCGGUAUUAUCAAAUUCAACAAAUAACUUGGUUAACAGUGUUUCCAUGAUAACGUCUGAUAGUCCAAAUGAUAGAAAACUGGAGUCUGAUAGUCAUGAAUUACUGGACAAGUUGGCAACAUUCUGUCAAAUUCUUUCCUCAUACUUAACACAGGCGAAUCUGCCUACUGUUUGGAUAUCAAUUGAGUGUUGCAAAGAUUCCCUGAAUACGUGGAAUAUGAUUUACGAACUAUGUGGGUUCAGCGAUAAGUUGAAAGUGUGCUUAAAACUCCAACCAGUGGAAACUGACCUAGAACUCUGGCUUUCUGAGCCAGUAAAGUGUGUAGUUUUGUCUGAGGAGACAAUAUUAACUGAUAAAAGAGUAGUGCUGAAUAAAGCAGUCUCAAGCCAGCUGUCAAUAUUGAUGAAAAAUAAUGUUAAGAUUCUUUUAGAUUCAAAUUUAAACUAUAAGAGUCUCAUAAGUAGUAGUGUUAGUGUCCAAAACAGUGAUAGUGAUAAUUUUGUUGAAGAAGUGGUUAUGCGGGAUUUGGAGAGUGAAAUUGAUGUCAAAGAUGUGUUAAAGGCAGUUAAAAGAUGUUAUUCCAGGAUUGGACCCUUAACGAUUCGCGAAUUGUAUGGAAGAGGUUAUGAGGAUUUGUUUCAGGUACCACUUCAACCGCUUAGGGAUAAUUUGGAUUCUUCAACCUACAACGAAUUUGAAAAGUGCUCAUUCAAAUACAACUGCUACGAUCAAGCUAUUCAUUCCUUUAUCUCAACCAAACUUAUUUCACUAAACCAAUUAUCUAAGUUAAACAGUAAUAUUAGCUACUCGAGUCCAGUCAACUACAUAGUAUAUGUGCUAGGGGCUGGUAGAGGUCCUCUGGUAGAGGUUGUAAUGGAGGUUUUCAAGAGAAAUAACAUCCCAACGAAUGAUUUUGUGGUGUUUGCUCUUGAAAAAAAUCCAUACACAAUGUUAACCUUGGAUCAUAAGAUUCAGAAUAAUAGAUGGACAAACGUUAGGUUAAUAUAUAGUGAUAUGAGAGAUCUGAACAGGGGAAUGGUUCAAUCCAACCUCAAUAAUGCUUCUAAAACAGUUCAUUUAGUUCUUAGUGAGUUACUUGGCUCAUUUGGCGAUAAUGAGUUGUCACCUGAAUGUCUAUAUGGAUUUGAAAGGUCCUUUAAUUCACUUUUUAGCCAAGGUGUAAGGCUUGAAUUUAUACCCGGCAGUUACACUUCAUAUGUGAUGCCGCUGCACUGUCCUCAAAUUUGGGCAAAAAUAAAGUCAUUUGAGAACACGAAGAACUUCCAUAUGCCAUACACAGUUUACUUGAAAACAUAUUACAACGUUGGUACUAUGUAUAUGGACUGCUUUAGCUUCGAACACCCUAAAACUCAAGACUCUAAAACCUCACAAAUUAGUAUUCUCGAGAGGUAUAAAGUGAUCAAAUUCGUGGCUAGAAGUGACUGUUACGUUCAUGGGUUCGGAGCUUAUUUUAAAUGUACUUUAUUUGAUAAAAUAGAAAUCUCAACGCUCCCGCAAGAUUCUGAAAACCUUAAAAGCUGGUUUCCCAUGUUCUUUCCCCUGGAAAUUCCCUUCCCGGUGAAGAAGUCUCAGGUAAUAACACUUCAUAUUUGGAGGAAAGUUAAUGACUUGAAGGUGUGGUACGAAUGGGCCUUUACAACCCCUUACACAACAUCAAUACACAAUGUUAACGGGCAUUCAUAUAGUAUAUCCAAGUGUUAA